AUGGCUCUUCGAUUGUCCGCGAAAAGAGUGACAGCUGCUUUGAAAGCUGGAAAUGUAUCACCCGUUAUCAAUGGCUACAUAAAAAGAAGUGCCUCACAAGCAAUGGCCUAUGCUACAAAUGUAAGGGAUGAACCUAAGCACAUUAUUGAUAGUGAGGCCAACAUAUCGCAUCCAGAUCCUUCACCAAAUUCGCAAACAGCACAUCUCAUUGGAGAACAAGCUCCAUAUAUGGUUGCCACCUAUGUCCGACCACCACCAAUGUUUGUGAAGGGAGCCGGAUGUCAUCUUUGGGAUGUGGAAAACAGGAAAUAUUUGGAUUUCACAGCGGGUAUAGCAGUCAAUGCUCUAGGACACUGCGAUCCAGAAAUCGCAAAGAUAAUGUUAGAACAGGGAACCACUCUUAUGCAUACUUCCAACUUGUAUCAUAAUCCAUGGACCGGGGCUCUCUCUAAACUUCUCAUUGAGAAGACUCUCGAAUCCAAUUCAAUGCACGAUGCCCAAGCUGUCUUCAUUUGCAACUCGGGCAGUGAAGCUAAUGAAGCUGCCAUAAAGUUCGCCAGAAAGACCGGAAAGGUCGUUGAUCCAUCAGGAGACAAAUAUGAAGUCGUUUCAUUUCAAAACUCUUUCCAUGGUCGAACCAUGGGGUCAUUGUCUGCCACGCCAAACCCAAAAUAUCAGAAGCCAUUUUCACCAAUGUUACCUGGAUUCAAAUAUGGAACAUAUAAUGAUGUGGAAGCUAUCAAGGACUUGGUUACGGAGAAGACCUGUGGUGUUAUAGUAGAGCCAAUUCAAGGAGAGGGUGGCGUUAUCGUGGCCACCGAAGAAUUCCUUACCGCACUCGCAGCUCGUUGUCGUGAGGUUGGUGCAGUCCUCAUCUAUGAUGAAAUUCAAUGUGGACUUUCACGAACUGGAACCUUCUGGGCCCAUGCUUCAUUGCCAAAAUCAGCUCAUCCAGAUAUCAUUACCACUGCCAAGGCACUCGGAAAUGGUUUCCCCAUUGGAGCAACAAUUGUCAAUAAGAAUGUAACGGAGAAGAUCAAGGUUGGUGAUCACGGAACCACAUUUGGUGGAAAUCCACUAGGAUCCAGGAUAGCUCAUUACAUUGUCUCUCGACUUUCUGACGCAUCUUUGCAAAAAGAUGUUCUCAAGAAGUCAGAAAUAUUUAAGAAGCAUUUCCAAGCCUUACAAUCCAAGUACCCAGAACUGGUCAAAGAAAUCAGGGGCAAAGGAUUGCACUUGGGAUUACAACUUAGUCAAGACCCCACACCUAUCGUCACAGCUGCUAGAGAGAGAGGUUUAUUGAUUAUCACUGCUGGAACCAACACUUUGAGAUUCGUACCAAGUUUGAAUAUCACCGAGCAAGAAAUCGAAGAGGGGUUCAGCAUUUUAGCUGAAGCAAUGAGGAUCGUUACUUCUCCAGUAGAGGAGCCACAAGGAGCUCAGAUUCAUGGCGAAGUAGAUUCGCCAAAUUAA